UGGUCGAGCUUAUGCUUUUUUUAACUGUAGAUAUGAUAUAAUUAGACGAUAUUGUAAUAUUGUUGCAACAUUAAAAAUUUGAGUCUGUAUAUAGUUCACAGAAUUUUUCAGAUCAAAUCAAGACGCGAUUUAAUUAACAUAUGUGAUACAUCACUACAAGUUUACUACUCUCAAUUAUAUAUUGCUAGAGAGGCAUGAUAGUUUCCAAGUCAAUAGCGAGUAUUUUGCUAACUUCUUCACGAAGGAGUCAUGUCAUAGUACGUGCCUUGGGCCUGACUAGCUAUCUAUUAGCGUCAAAAUCAAAAAGAUUAGAAUCAGAAGCUGCAACAUCGCAAAAACCAAUACUAGGACUCACACCUUCACUAGAUUGGGAUCGUGGUGGGAGGAAAGAGAAAGAAAGUCUAAGCCCGUUAUAUGCUUUAGCUAAGAAACUAGUGGAAUCUCAUCCUAAUUGUGUUUCCUUAAUACAAGUUGGAAGUUUUUAUGAACUUUAUUUUGAGCAAGCUGAAGAAUUUGGCCCUAAGCUAGGUCUUAGGGUUGCUACAAGAAAGACUACUAAUUUUGCUAUUCCUAUGGCAGGAUUUCCAGUAAGUCAGUUACAAAAAUUCGUGAAGAUUUUGGUUCAAGAUUUGUCUGAAAAUGUUGCUAUUGUUGAUCAAUAUCCUGAAAGAGAAACCACUGCCGAUAUUAUUCAUCGAAAAGUAUCUCGUAUUAUAACGCCAGGGACGUUAGUCGAUGAAACAUUUCUCAAUUAUGGUCAAAAUAAUUAUUUGGCUUCAAUAUAUCUACCUCCUAACUGUACAGAUCAUCGGGCUGAUCCAGACAUCCCAGUCGGUAUAUCUUGGAUUGAUUUAUCAGUUGGUGAUUUCUACGUCCAACAGACCACACUUGGAGAAAUUGAUUCUGAUAUUUCAAGAAUAAAUCCUAGUGAAAUUAUUCUUCCAAAAGAUUUUCAAGAUAAGAAUUUAAUCAAUGGGAAAUGGUAUGCACCAUUUCAACAAUUAAGAAAAUAUUUCAUUCGUUAUCAUAAGACAAUGUCUAACGAUUUAAAAUCAAAAUUCAAAAGUAGGCAUCAAGUUACAAAGAAAACGAUGGAAGGCUUUUCAACUGGAGAAAUAGCGGCAAUGAACAUGGUGUUGUCAUAUAUUCAAGUAAAUCUUCCCGAUUCAAACCCUCAAUUAGAUGUUCCACUUCAAUACUGGAAUAGCAAAUAUAUGCAAUUAGAUCCUAGAACCAGAGAAGCAUUGGAAUUAACAGAGAGGUCUACUGGUGGUCGUAGUUCAACAGUUGGAUCCCUCUUCACGACUAUAAAACGAACUGUUACACAAUCUGGGUCAAGACUACUUACUCAAUAUUUGAGAUCCCCAACUUUGGAUAUUAAAGAAAUUGUUAGAAGACAGUCUUAUGUUUCGAUGUUUGUCGAAAACAGCAUUCUAAAGACAUCUUUGAGGGCGCAUUUAACUCAGCUAGGAGAUUUCGUUCGCUCUCUUCAACGAUUAUCUUUUGGGGCAGGUGAUCUGGUUCAGCAUUUAUUAUCUAUUGGAGAGGGCCUUCAAAAGUUAGAGAACUUAGAAACUUUCUUAAUUGAAGAAUAUAAGAACAAUAGAAAGCUGUUGAAAGCAUUGGGAGAUUUCCUUCAGCAAUUUCAAGUUCCUAUAGAUAUUUCGAGGGAAAUCAGCUCUACUCUUCAUGUUGAAAGCAUUCCAAUCAUGGAACCAAAAGAAGAAAUUACUUCAGAAAUAGAAGUUGAAGACGAGACAUAUUCCGAUUCAGGAUCUUAUUCCAAUGCGUCAUUGGAAAAAUACAGGCAUCAAUCUCCGGUGGAAGCUAAGACAUUCGAUUUUUCAGUUAAGAGAGACUUCAAUGAAGUGCUUUCUGGUUUGCAUGAUGAGUUGGAAUCACUUUUGACGGAACAGGAUGUUAUGUUUGAUACAUUACGUAAAACUUUAACUGAGAUAGAUCCUAAAUUGGUAGUUUCGAAGAAAGAUCAACAUGGCCGAUUUGUGAAUGUCAUCCACAUUAAGGGUAAUGAAAAGCUGGUAGAAGAAGUAAGCAGGAUUUAUAAAUCAGAUAUUCGAGAGAAAAGAAAAGGAAUCGUCUUAUUCAAGCCAAUGAAUUGGAGUAAAUUACAAAACCUGAUCGAAAGCGUGAAAGAAGAAAUUCGAUUAGUUGAAAAGGAGAUUGUCGAGAAUUUAAGAGCUAACGUCUUAGAGAGAAUUAGUUCUAUAAGGAAGGUUAGUAAAUUGGUAGACUUCCUAGACGUGACGAUAUCAUACUCCAUUUUGGCCGAAGAAUAUAAGCUAGUAUGUCCCAAGUUUGUUAAGACUAAUACAUUAAAUAUUCUGGAAGGGAGACAUCUAGUUGUCGAAGCUGCUUUAAAGGAAGUUGGAGUCAAUUUCACACCCAAUGAUACAAAAGUAUCACCAUCAGAAAGUAUGUGGAUUAUUUCAGGUCCAAACAUGGGUGGUAAAAGUACAUUCUUGAGACAGAAUGCUUUAAUUGUGAUUCUUGCUCAAAUAGGAUGUUUUGUACCAGCUUCAAAAGCAAGUAUUGGAUUGGUGGACAAAAUAUUUACCAGGAUUGGUGCUUCGGAUGAUUUGUACAAUGAUUUAAGUACAUUUAUGGUUGAGAUGGUUGAAACAAGUAACAUUUUAAAGAAUGCCACUCCCAGAUCAUUGGCUAUAGUUGAUGAAAUAGGUAGAGGUACUAGUGGAAAGGAAGGUUUAGCAUUGGCAUAUGCAACGUUGAUAAACUUGUUGACAGUUAAUAAAUGUCGAACACUUUUCGCAACUCAUUUUGGAAUAGAAUUAAAGAAAUUAUUAGAGGAAAAUAAAAUUGAUCAGAAUAAAAUUGAAUUUUUAAGAACUAGAGUGUUGUCAAAUGAUAUAGAUACUCUCACUACUGACUUGGCCAAUAUAAUUAUAGAUCAUACCUUAGAACCAGGUAUUAGUGAAAGAUCAUUUGCCCUUGAAGUUGCAGCCAUGGCUGGAUUCCCUGAGGCGGCGCUUAAAAAUGCAGCAACAGCAUAUAAAUGUUUAGUAGUUAACUAAAUGAUGCAUUGUAUA